GCUAUAUAAACAUCAAAUCAGUCCACUCUCGGGUGCAGUUUUGGACCGGGUCUGGCAGAUCAAGGACGGUGUUCGUAAGUUGCAAGUGAUUGAUUUCAGAGAGAAAAGUGCAAAUUUGCAUAGUGAAAAUGUUCAAAGGACUUAUUCUGUUGAGUGUUGUUCUGGUGGUCAGCGGACAAACAAGACCAACGCCAAAGUUUAAGGAAAUUCCCAUCGUGUCACAUGAAAACAUUUUGGAAGUUGACGGGAAAUUUCGAUACAGUUACGAGGGUGGAGACGGAACUCGGGCCAUCCAGGAUGGGCAGCAGAUCUUCGUGAACAAUCAGGCUGGUACGGCAUCCCAGGGCCAAUACACGUACCAGGGAGAUGAUGGCAAGACCUACAGUGUGUCCUACACGGCGGACGAGAAUGGAUACCGGCCAUCGGCGGACCACCUGCCGACGCCUCCACCGGUGCCAGCACCGAUAGCGCGAGCGCUGGCCUAUCUGGCAACGCUGCCGCCGCAGAAGGAGAACAGUAACAAUAAUCACAAUAAUAAUUUUAAUGGAAGCUAA